UAACAUUAGGGAAAGCAGGGUCUGUUUGUUUGUACACAUAAGUAUAAUACGGAGGCAAAACCUUACUUUUGUCAUCACAUUUUCGGACAACGUGACUAAUUUUCAAUUUAUAAUUAAUAGAUGAACUUCAAGGAAUUGUCAAAUUUUCAAUAUUAAUCCAUACACAGAAAUGUUAAGACACAAUAAUGUCGUGACGUUGCAUAACAGAGUAGCAGACGAGCCUGUAACUGUUGGAGUUGGAGAUGGAGCUCUUGAGCUCGAACCGCCUGCAGAGAGCGCCACUUUCGAAAACCCGCCAAAUGGAGGACAUCGAGCUUGGUUAAUAGUUCUUUCAUGCGCGUUGAUAAAUGGGUUGCUAAGCAUUAUGGAGUUGUUGAUAGUCUUCUCUAUUAUUGACGACAAAAUGUCGUCUGAUACCGGAACUGACGAAGAUGCACAAGUAGAAAUUUCAUUACAGUUCAUGGCACUUGUUAAUCUGUAUGCUCCAAUGGGUGCAGUUGUUAUGAUUCAUUUUGGUUAUCGGGCAACAGUUUGUAUUGGAGCCGGUAUCGUCAUGGUAACCGUUUUCAUACUAUCUUAUCUUGAAGAUGAUACCGAAGACGCUGUAAAAUUCUUUCUUUAUGGACCCGCAUCAAUAGGCACGAGCUUCAUCAAACUAGGCGCAUUGAUCCCAGUGUUAGAAUAUUUCACAACAAAGAGAAUGAAAGCGUUAUUGCUAUCAAGACUUGGGACAUAUGCUGGACAGAUUAUCUUUAUUCUCAUAAUAAUAAUAGGUUCACCUAACAAUAAUUGGAGGGCUAAUUUAAGGAAAACUACCACAUUGGAACAAAUUUAG